GCAGCACACACUCUUCACCAAGACAAGGCAGGAUGAACAGUGGCGUCUGCGUUUGCGUGCUCCUGGCCGCCCUCUCCAUCAGCUGGGCUGCUCGUAUUCGGUCCCCUUCGGCACAGGAGGAGAACCCCGCUGUACCCUCUCAGAUACACACCGAUGUAAGUGCCGUACAGGAUGCCAACUCUCGUGCCAACAUCAAAGAGCUGAUGGCCAGACUCUUCAGGAAAGGUUCUGUUCGCCGAAAUUCAGCCGUGAACAAGGCAAGUGCACUGAGUCCCCAACACCGGAUAAAAGAUCGGGAUUACCUGGGCUGGAUGGAUUUUGGUCGCCGAAGCGCUGAGGAGUACGAAUACUCAUCAUGAGAAACACCACCUCUCUCUUCUUUCUGUUCCAAAUAAAUAAAGAAUAUAUUUAUUACUUUUCCUCUUCUUCUUACAAUGAUCUUAAUGAUGUAUGUAUUUGAUGUACAUUUGUUUGUAAAUUGUUAUGACGCAAUAUACACUUUCACCAAAUUUUUGUCAGAAAUGCCAUGUUUUUCUUUUUUUGGUCACUGGCUUUUUAAUGUCAUUUUCAAGUGUCGGUCAUUAAGAGAAAAAGCUGCUUGAUGUGUUUCCAAUAAAUCAGGUCAGCAUUAGACUAUGGCCUUAAACACUGAA